AUGGGUCUUGGUAUGUCCCUGAAUCUACAGAAGUAUCUACUGGCGAACGGCUUGCCACCACUUCGUUAUUGCAACCGCACACUAUCCAAAGGACAUGCUCUUCACGAAAUAGGAGCCAUUCCCGAACACGGGUUCGAGGAUGUCGUCCAGAAUUCAGAUGUGAUUUUUACGAUGAUCUCCACGGAUGAUGUCUUAAUGGAAUUAUUGACGAAAGCCCUGGCCACGGGCGAUUCUUUGAAAGGCAAAAUAUUCGUGGAUACUUCCACAAUCCAUCCAGACACAUCUGAGUGGGCUGCACAGCGUCUCUCUAAAUUUGGAUCGACAUUUGUUGCAGCACCAGUAUUCGGUGCAAGCCCCGUGGCAGCCACUGGAAAACUGAUCUUUGCGAUGGCGGGACCCGCUAAGGCAACCGAGACCGUCAGACCUCUCAUCAUGAACAUCAUGGGGCGGAGCAUCAUUGAUAUGGGAGAAGACGUGCGCAAGUCUAGCCUUCUUAAAAUUUCAGGAAACGUCCUUGUUAUAAGUUUCAUGGAAGUAAUUGCCGAAGCACAAGUUUUCGCGGAAGUAACAGGAAUCGGCAGCCACCAGUUGGAAGAUUUCAUCGGCAACAUGUUCGGCCCCGUGCUGGCAAGCUACUCAAACCGUAUUACGAGUGGCGCCUAUGCGCCGCCUCUUGAGACAGCUCCUGGGUUUGCAGCCGCUCUUGCGUGUAAGGAUAUGAAGCACGCACUCUCUAUUGCUGCUAGUCAUAAUACUAAUCUCCCGACGCUUGAGACUGCGUCAAGCCGCUUGAAUUCUGCGCGGGAUUAUGCCGGUGAGCAUUUGGAUAGUGCGGCUGUUUAUGGAAUUGGGCGGAUGGAGGCGUCGUUGCCGUUUUGGAUUGCACUGGACUCUUCAUGA